AUGCAUCUUCUCGCCGUAUUUACAGCUCUGCUCGUAGUGGUCGCCGCCAACGCUCGUAGGAUAACCAUGCACGAGAUUGGCGAACACCAACUGGAGGCAGCAAAGCGUUGGCAAACUAGCAGCUCUCAAAGUCGGAGCGUAAAGCAUAGUGGUGUUCAGAAUAUUACGUUCACAAACCCAAAGGCCUCAGAAUUCUAUGUCGAUGGCACAUCCCUUCCUCUCGUUGACUUCGACGUUGGUCCUAGCUGGUCAGGUCUUCUGCCCAUCAGCAACAGCCCUAAUGAGACUCGUCAGCUCUAUUUCUGGUUUUUUCCUCCCGGCCCCGAAGGGAGUCUUGAUGAUUUAAUCUUUUGCUUAUACCUGAAGGACAAACGGUGA